GUGGGCGGGGCUAUUCUAUCUGGGCCGAGAGGAGCGCGAGAUAUAUAUAUAAGGCUCGCUCUCGUCUGCGCGGCGUCGGCGGCGAGCGCACUGAAACCUCAGUGGCCCCUCCGUGAGCUGAGGCGGAGAGACUGCCCUGCGCGGGCCCGGCAGAUAUGAGUGACAUGGAUUCAUACAAGAUUCUUCUGGAUGGGCCAGCACCAUGGGGGUUCAGACUGCAGGGUGGCAAGGACUUCAAUAUGCCACUCUCCAUUUCCAGGCUCACCCCUGGGGGCAAGGCAGCCCAGGCAGGGGCUGGAGUUGGGGACUGGGUGCUCAGCAUCGAUGGACAGAGCACCAGCACCAUGACCCACAUUGAAGCCCAGAACAAGAUCCGUGCCUGUGGGGACAAACUCUCUCUAAGCUUAAGCAAAGUCCAGAAUCUCCUAGGCAAACCUCAGAAGGACGCACUCCCUUCUUCUCAGGUCCCCAAAUAUAACUUCACUCCCAGUUCUGCCCUCAACAAGACAGCCCGGCCCUUUGGAGUUAACCCUGCUCCAAGCACUCAGCCCGUGCGGGUGACGAAACCCGUGCAGUUUUUGGUGGUCGAUGCCAGUAAAAAGAGACUUGUUGAGGACACAGAGGACUGGCGACCACGGACUGGGACUACUCAGUCUCCUUCCUUCCGCAUUCUGGCCCAUCUCACAGGAACAGAAUUCAUGCGAGACCCAGAUGACGAGCAUCUUAAGGCGGCCAGCCAGGUCUCCAUGCCAGAUCUGCCUUCUGCACCCGUCUUGACAGUGGAACCUGAAUAUGGCUCUACUGCUCCAAAGCCUGCACCUAUCACAGGACCUUCUAGUCGUCCACCCUGGGCUGUGGAUCCUUCCUUUGCUGAGCGAUAUGCACCAGAUAAAACUAGCACUGUGCUGAGCACGCACAGCCAGCCAGCCACCCCAACGCCUGUGCAGAACCGCAACUCUAUUGUCCAGGCAGCACAGCAAGCCCCGGAGAGUGCUAGCAAAACACCCAUCUGCUAUCAGUGCAACAAAAUCAUCAGGGGGCGUUACUUGAUGGCUCUGGGGCGCUAUUACCACCCAGAAGAGUUCACCUGCUCACAAUGCAGGAAGAUGCUUGAUGAGGGUGGCUUUUUUGAGGAAAAGGGCUCCAUCUUUUGCCCCAAGUGCUACGACAUGCGCUUUGCCCCCAAUUGUGCCAAGUGCAAGAAGAAGAUUACAGGGGAAAUUAUGCAUGCUCUGAAGAUGACCUGGCACGUUCAGUGCUUUGUCUGCGCUGCCUGCAGAACACCCAUCCGCAAUCGUGCCUUCUACAUAGAAGAGGGGCAGCCCUACUGCGAGAGAGAUUAUGACAAGAUGUUUGGAACCAAGUGCCGUGGCUGUGAUUUCAAAAUAGACGCCGGUGAUCGUUUCCUUGAGGCCCUGGGCUUCAGUUGGCAUGACACUUGCUUUGUUUGUGCGAUCUGCCAGAUCAAUUUGGAAGGCAAGACGUUCUAUUCCAAAAAGGACAAGCCACUAUGCAAGAGCCAUGCUUUCUCCCACGUGUGAGGUGGAGGAGACCUUAAGUGCUCAAGCUGCUGCCUGCCCAAACUCUGCAUCCCUCUUUCCUGUCCUGAGAGAGCUCCCAGACCAGAUGGCUCACUUGACCAUUUUUUCCCCAUAGAGGGAAAAGGGUAAAAUGCUCAGGGUCCUUUUAUUACUUUGGGAGGUUGACGACUAUUGUAUUUUUACCUAAACUGGUGUUCUUCGUAUGUAUUUGACUUUAUCUCCUGCAGACUCCAUCCAACUUGUGAUUGAAAUUGCUAGACAUUUGGAGAGUUGAAGUCCAGGACUUCUAGACACCAGCUUAGGGAAGGAUACUGUAGGGUUCUGUGUCCUUUUCAGCCAAAGAAAGUCUCAAGAUGUUUCUCCCUAGUAAAGGAUCCUAAAUGAUAGCAUGCAUGCUUGAAAGGAAGCAUCAGCUGGCCUCCCCUAGAAGUCAUUAACUCAGUGAAAACUUGCUAUUAAUGCUCCAGGGGAAAGGGGGGGAAGGCAGCUUUCCCCAGAGUUCAGUAGCAUUACUUUCUGUCCCCUUUGCAAUGUAAUUACCAACAACCCUCUGCCCUCCCUUCUCUGAGAAAGCAUUUGCAAAAGACUUCCAUAAGGCUCUGCCUUUUGUUCAUUAUGUAUCAUGUAUUUCCACUCCCAAGUCCUGUAGACAUCUAUUCCUAGCCAUGUUGCUCAAUGGAAUUGCUUUUUCCAAAAAAUAAAAUAAAAAAAUCCCCAAACCCUAAAUCUCUUUUCCUCCAAACCACUUGCUAGUAAUAAAAAUAUGAGACCCCCUGCCACAGAAAGCGAGUGGCUUAUUUAAAGGAUUGUGUUGUAAGUUUCCACAGAGCAAGAAAAAGCUUAUUUCGAAAUACCAUGCAGGAAAGAACAGUUUCAAGAUCCAGCUUCUUCACACUAGCAAAAACUGCUUCUUCAUCAUGAGAUGAACCUGGGACUCUAUACCUAGGAACACAACUUUAUAUAUAUUGUAGCACACAGCUUCUGAGGUCAGUGGUGGCCCCAAAGAACUCCUACCAAAGACCUAGUAUUUGUGUUUUGCUCUAAAUGUAUUUCUCAGAACUGUGCUGUUCAGCUAGGAGUCUGUGAUUCCUUGCCACAUUUGGUGCCCUAAUAAAAUAUGUCUUUUAAUUCUU